AUGAAGCUACUAUCUUCCCGGCUGUUUCUCAGUUUCUGUUUCCUCGAGUUUCUGUUUGCCUUUGUCGACGCAUCUCCUGGAUGGCGGACUAGGCCCCGGUUGAAGGCUCAUAGUUUUCAUUCACGGCAAAGCACUGCAUGGCCUCCAAGCGGUCAUGACUCCAAUCCGACUUGCGCCGACUUCAACAUCGGGGCUUCUGACAGCGGAAGUGCCACAGGAUCACAAGUCUGCGUUGCUGUCUCGGGCUCGAAUGUCAUCGUGACCUACCCCAGCGGAUCCUGGACCUAUAACGAAGUCCAUGUCAACAUCAAUCCCUCGUCCAGUUCCCCGCCCACGGGGGCGCCCGGCCAGUACAAUUUCAACUCGCAGUGCUCUGUCGGUGGCGGUGGGAGCAGUGCCUCUUGCACAAUCCCCCUCUCGGCCAUCAAAACCGAAUGCCCAAGCAUAGGCUGUGAUGAGACCAUGAACAUCAUCACGCACGCAGAUGUGAAUCAGGGCACGGGAACGGGAGGGGGGGUGCAAGUCGGAAAUGCUGCGGGGAAGUACUUUAAUUUCAAGUUCAAGUGUCCAACCACCAGCAGUACCAGUACUACCACUACCCAGCCAACCACUACUACAACUCAGCCAGUUACAAGACCACUACAACGCGGCCCACCACGACACCACUACGACACAUCCCACGACAAGUACUACUAG